AUGGCUGUGGAAGAGAAUUCUUUCCAGGAGACUCAGUCUGAUUUGGAGGUGAUCUUAGAGUUCCUAGAGGAGUACUACAGACAAAGCACUGGAGAAAAUGUGGACAAGAUGUACUGCGCUGCAGGUGUGGAUGAAAGAAGUGCACCUGUGGAUGAAGCGUCAUGUGAGCAGCGCUGGACGUGGUAUGAGCCACCUAGCAUCAAGCCUGCACCUCAGCCCUUCCUGGCACAAUAUGCCCCACCACCCCUCAGCCGAAACACAACAGCGACAUUAUCUGAUCAUGUAUCAGUGCCAAAGUUUGUAUCAACACGACACGACGAGUCAACCAAACACAAGCCCACAGUGGCGGGGAACGGUAGGAAAGUGCGUCUCUUUCACUUCCUCUUUGAGAUGUUGGAGGACCCGAACAUGGCCCACUGUGUGUCCUGGGUGCCAGCGGCCGCCGGCGUUUUCCGUUUUUCCUCCAGGAACAAGGACCAGGUGGCGGCACUCUGGGGGCAGAGGAAGGGCAACAAGAGGCCCAUGACUUAUCAGAAGAUGUCCCGGGCCCUCAGGAACUACGCCAGGUCCGGGGAGAUCUUCAAGGUGAAGAAGAAGCUCACCUACCAGUUCAGCCGAGACACCCUGAUGUUACUGCAGAAGUGUCAUCGAGCAGAUUUCUAG